AUGGCCGAUUUGGGCAGCGCGAGCUCCGGCUCUAGACGCGGAGGCGUUUGUCUCGCCGAGCACUCUCCACAGUUCGCCGCGACUCGUGAGCCAUUGCGGACGACUCCCAGUUCGUCUGAAAGCACCGUCCGCGACGCAAAAUCACCUUCUGACGUCUUCGCGGCUGAUCUUUCUGACCAAACUUCACAGCUUCACCUCGGUGACUACCAGCUACCUCAGCCGCCGAAAUUCCAGUCGGCAAACUUCACGUUCGCUAGGAACCAGGAGCAGGGAAGUUUCCAGAACGCAGGUUCUGCUCAAAAUCCCUCCCACUUCUCCACGCGAAGAGCUUCUAUUCCUUCUGAGAAAACAGCCUUUGCAACUCCCACUGGUCGUUCUGCCGUCCAGCCAAACACAGCAGGUCAUCGAUCUGGCCCGUUGCCGUCUGCUAAAUCUAGCCGUCAGUUCGGAACUGCUACUCCCAGCAUCAAGACUCCUGGUCAUCACACUCCGGGUUCCCUCAACAACGAUAUUCGACGAAUCCAACCGGAUCUUGCCCCCGUUUUGGAGGACAAAAAGAAGCUCAUGCCAAAUCUUGAGCUCACAAAGACAAAGAAGAAUAUCGCAGAGAUGGCUGCUCACUGCCAGAUUGACGGCCCGUUGGCUGGCCCUCUCAGGGAGAGUCGCCGCUCCGAGCUAGCCAGAAACCACCCUGCUUGGAUCCCCGCCCGGCAGGUUCAAGCCGGGAUUAUGACCACCCAGCAGGCGAUCCGCCGCACUCCGGGCAUUCCCAGCAACAUUGCCAACGACCUUUGCGACGGCCUCCAGACGUACGCGCAAAAGGUCAAUGACAUUCUUCGUCAGGCAGUCAACGAGGUCGCGGACAUUAAAAUCGAUCUCGAGUACAAUGACAAGAUUCUUUGCUCCAACAAGUUGGAGUCCAGCAUCAUUUACGAAGAGCGUAAGCAGCUCAAGCGUGAUGUUGCUGAGAUUCACCGAAAGCACGAGGACUUGGAGGACCGUCUUGCGCGCUACCAUGUUGAGCAAGAGAACCACAAGAAUAAGGUUCUCGAGUUCCUGGCCCGACUCGAUCCUCGCAAUGAUGAAGAGGAUGAGGACAGGGAGCAGAUUGUUGCUGAGCUACUUCAGACUCUCAAGGACUUUAUGAACCGCCCUAGCUCCCGAUGGAUGCAUGGGGAGCGUGAGACCUCUUCCAAGGCUAUUACCACCCUGAGCACUGCUAGCAUCGCCGCGCUCGAGAAGGAGAACCAGCCCCAGUCUGCUAAGCGAUUCCAGCAGCCUCAGGAGGCCCGUCGUCCUCAUGAUUCUGAAUCCUAUGAAAUUGUUCCCUCCAUGGACAAUGCCCUGCAGCCGUUCAACUACCAACAGAACAUGGAGCAGCCUCAACGCUCUGCACCGGCCUAUGCACCUACUCAGAACGGACCUCCCAUGUCUUACCCGGGCAUGUUUGGUAGUGGCCGUCGCCCUGGCGACAACCGCACCAUGUCUUCUGCUGGCUGGACACGCGCAUCAAGCGUCGCCCGUACUCAGCAUAACGCACCUCCUUCUGGUUCUUACUCGCGGACGCGAGAUGUUCAGAAUGGCUUUGGCGGCGGAUAUCAGCAAUCCAACGGCUUUGCGGGACCCAAUAACUAUAGAGGCCAGAUUGACAUGCCAUCGCGCCCUGGCACUGCCAUGGGCCACCGCGGCUCGUUCCGUCCUAAUGCUCCCGAGUUCCACCCGAGCAUGUUUGCCAACGCGGACAAUAGCAGCUUCCACAAUGAUGCCUCUUACAACAUGAAUUAUGGUCCAGGAUCCAAUACUGGUUCUCGCCAUGACUUCAACGGAGGCAGCGCUCUCUACCGCAGCCCGACUCCUCGUUCUGCGAGCCAUUUUGGCAACUUCGAAGGACCCAGCAGUGGCUUUACUCGCCCAUCGCCUUUAGUUCCUUCGGGUCACCAAGGCUCCCAAGGCCCUCAGGGCAUGGGCUCGAAUCACAUGGGCUACAGUAACGACUAUUCGAUGAUCCCGCAGCGCAUUCGCAACCACGCUCCCAAUUCAUCCGGUAACAGCCACCACACGGCUAACUUCUCUCAGCAAGGAGCUUUUAGUCCUGGCCCCUUUGGCCAGGGCGGCAAUGGCCCCAGUCAUGCAGUCACCAGCCCCUUUGCUCCCGGCAAUGGCUUCGGCGAGGAUGAAGGCGGCGAUAAUGAGCGCUAUGCUCGUGCUCUCGAGAGUGUUGUCAUCCUUCGUUACAUGAUGAAGCUCUACGCUCCCUUCAGCGAGCAGCAGGCGUGGUCUUACAUCCGCCAGCAUAUGCAUGACCCCAUGAGCCGCGCUUGCCUCAUCUCUCGCACCAUGAUCGAUCUCCUGGUCAAUCGGAUCUUCACUUUCGAGGCUUGGGAAGGUUUCUCGGUUGAUGCUGAUCGCCAGCUGCGUGAGAUCCGCCACGAGAUGAACAAUCUCCCUGCGGGUCAAGGUGGUGCUCUCCAGGUCUGUAUCGACCGACUCGCGGCCAUUGUUAACUCUUGCAUCAAUCACGAGCGUUACGACGCCUACCGCAACCACCGCAUUGAGUACUUUCAGGCUGAGCUCCGCGAGAUGCUCUCACCUCUCUUGCUACCCGAGUCUGAGGGCGGUCCCGACCUCGAGAGGGCCGAUGAGGCUCUCCGCCAGAUGUGCGAAAAGGCAUGGUCUAUCUCGGCUAAGAUGUUCACCUCGCGCUGGACUUUCGAGUUCCGUUUCCCCGAUACUGGAGUGCGGUUCAACACCGGAACCAUGGUUGGCAUUGCGCCCAAUAUUGGACCGCAGCUCUUGCAGGCUGAGCACUGGCGCGUGCAGCUGGUGGUUACCCCAGUAAUCACCGUCCGCAACGAUACGGGCGCUUCCAUCUCGGUGGCCUCCAUCACCAGCGCUCACGUCAUCUGCAUGAAAUAG